AUGGAAGAUUUGCAACCUACAAAGAAACUUCGCAUAGAUAUUGAGGAGCAGCAUGAGUUAAAACACGUUGAAAUUGGGAAUGAAUUAGAUAUUUCAAAAUCUUUUAAUAUAAAUGAAGUUAUUGAUAGGGAUGAUGCUGCUAAAGCUCAAUCUGGCGAUGGUUUAUCAAAGUAUAAAUGCACAAUUCGGGAAGCAGAUGUGGGCAUUACGGAAUUCAAGAAUCCUGAGCUCAAAGGAUUCUUGGGUAUCCUCAAAUGGCGGUACUCUGAUUUUCUCGUGAAUGAAAUUGAUUUGGAUGGAAAUAUACUAAGUUUUGAUUCAGAAAUAAAGGAAAUGAAUAACAGUGUAAAUAACCUUGAGGAAAAUUAUUUGUAUGAAUCUCAGGGAAUUGCACAAAUUAAGAGUGCAUCAUCGAGUAAUACUAGUAAUUUUACUUUAGAUAAGAAUAACUCACUGAAUGAUAUUGAAUCGGAAGAGAAAUUAUUUGAUCCAGUUUUAAUGAAUCAAGUCAAGGAUCUUGUAAAGGGCGAAGGAAAAGAGCAGCAGAAAUUUAUAAAGUCGCAACCGAUAUUAAAUAAAAAUGAGCGAACCAAAUUGCAUAAAUUCAUCAAUAAAUACUACGGUGAAAAUUUAAAUUCGACCACUACAGAAGAACAAAGCAUUCUAAUAGAAUUUCACAGCGAAAAAAGCAAAAAAGGCAAGCUGCUAUAUUUCUUUAAUAUGUCGCUCUACAAAAAAAUGCAAAAAGAAGAAUGGGAGAAACGCGGUGGCCAAUAUUGUCAGUUUUUAUUACUAAAAGAGAAUCGAGAUACCAUGUCUGCUAUCAAUCUAAUAAGCAAGCUAAUGAAGAUUCCAUCUCGAUCGUUUUCUUAUGCUGGUACUAAAGAUACUCGUGCAGUUACUGUUCAACGUGUUACGGCUUUCCGAGUAAAAGCCGAAAGAUUAGCUGAAUACAAUAAACGAUUAACUGGAAUAAUAAUGGGAAAUUUCAAAUAUUUGUCACAACCAGCACAACUGGGUGAACUUUCAGGAAAUCGUUUUGUUAUUACAAUAAGACAAGUACAAGUUGACUCGGAGGAAACACUGUUGCAAUCAUUGAGUUCAUUAAGAAAUAAUGGAUUUAUAAAUUAUUUUGGCAUGCAGCGUUUUGGAACAAGUUCCAUUCCAACAUGGGAAAUCGGACGUGCACUUCUGCAGAGUAACUGGGAACAAGCCAUCGAUUUGAUAUUGAAACCACGACCUGGAGAAAAUGGUCCAAUUGAAAUUGCCCGGAACCAUUGGGCAACAACUAAAAAUGCUCGAGAAUCAUUUGAAUUGAUGCCCCCGCGUCAUUAUUCCGAAAGGAAUAUCCUACUAACCUUUGCUAAUGCUGGAAAUACAAAUUGUUUUGUCGAUGCUUUUAAUUCGAUUCCACACAAAUUAAGACUCAUGUAUGCUCACGCUUAUCAAUCAUAUAUUUGGAAUCGCGUGGUAUCCGAAAGAAUCAAACAAUACGAAAGUAAAUCUCCGUUGAUUGGAGAUUUAGUUUUGACCGAAAAUAAAAUUCGAUUGGAUCAAGACGAUAUUGAUUUUCCUGAUGCAGAAGCAACUCAAACAUUUAACAAAAAGAGAUCUUUUGAUAAUAUAGAAGGAUCCGCAGAACCUUUUGACAACACUAAAGUUGCUUCAAAUCUAAGUAGUGAAGGGUCGAACGCGGGAAUUAAUUUAAAGAUAAAAGUUCUUACAGAAGAGGAUUUGCCAAAGUACACCAUAGAAGAUGUGGUUUAUCCCACGCCAGGCCACGCGAUUAUUUACCCAAAAAAUGCGAUAUUUGAAAAGUAUAAAGAAUUUAUGAUGAAAGACGGACUCGAUCCUAUGGACAUGACAAGAAAAACAAAAGAUUUUUCUUUGCCCGGAACAUAUCGAAAAAUUGUUUUGAAGCCUGAAGCAGUUAACUGGUCAACAAUUCGAUAUGAUGACCCAAUUGCUCAGCUGGCUAUAACAGAUUUUGAUAAUUUACACGGAAAGAAACCAACCAUAGGUGUGCCAGAUGGAAAAAAUUUGGCAUUACAAAUCAGCUUUAUCUUGCCGCCUGGAAUAUACGCAACCAUGGCGAUACGAGAGAUUAUGAAAAAAGACACAAGUGCUGCUGCACAAUAUAAUAUGCAAAUGCAGACUUGA